ACAUUCGGAAGAUUCCAAUUUGUCUCUCUCCACGACCAAAUUAUUCCAACUCUCCUCUUUUCAUCCUCUCUUACACAGGAGAAACUCUCGAGCGCCCCCCACCCAUCCCGUUUCUUGGUUUGGUUCCUCGGAAUCGUCGAUCCCGUCGUCGGUCGACCCGCUUGCACCGGGAUCGCCGGCCCGUUUCCCCCCACCCUUUUUCGUUUUUAUUCCUAUGAAAUUUGGGAAGGAGUUCACGACCCAUCUGGAGGAGACCCUGCCGGAGUGGAGGGAUAAGUUCCUCUGCUACAAGCCCUUGAAGAAGCUCCUCAAGAGGUUCCCCUCCGACGCCGGCUCGCUCCCUCCCCACCUCCGCCUCGACCCGAGCCGAGAGCCCGCCCCAGGCGAUGGUCGGCGCGAGAGCCACGACGGGGGCGGGCCCUUGGUGGACUUGCGGGAAUGGUUCGUCAGGAUCUUGAAUGAUGAGCUCGAGAAGUUCAAUGAUUUCUACGUCGACAAGGAGGAAGAGUUUGUCAUCCGUUUUCAGGAAUUGAAGGAAAGGAUAGAGCGAGUUAAAGCAAAAAGCAGCAAAGCUGGGACCUCUACAUCAAAAAGUGAGUUUAGUGAGCAGAUGAUGGAAAUCCGCAAGGACUUUGUCACAAUCCAUGGGGAGAUGGUGCUUCUUAAAAAUUACAGCUCCCUUAAUUUUGCAGGCCUUGUUAAGAUCUUGAAGAAAUAUGACAAAAGAACAGGAGGCUUAUUGCGUCUGCCAUACACUCAGCUUGCUCUGGAUCAACCCUUUUUUACAACCGAAUCACUCACGAGGCUAGUACGAGAAUGUGAAGAAAAUCUUGAACUUCUCUUCCCUCUGGAAGCGGAAGUUAUUGAAGCAACUGGCAACCUGUCAAACCAACCAACAAAUGACACUGCUGAUGUCCCGACACAGCCGUCCUCGACACUAGGGGAGGAAACCAUGGACAUCUACCGGAGCACCCUUGCUGCGAUGAGAACGAUACAAGGCCUCAAGAGAGCGAGCUCUACCUAUAAUCCACUUUCCAUUUCGUCGUUCUAUAUGAGACAUGAUGAUGAAAGCAAUGGGGCUGUGACCUCUGAAGACUCAGCCUCGAGUUCCCCUUGCACAGUGCAGAAUGGGGAGGACACUGACCGGGAGGACGCAGACGGGCCCAUCUAAUCCAGUGAAGUUAUUUUCAGUUGAUUCCGGAGAAGCAAUGGAGUUGAAUAAUCACGCUAAUGUGAGCAGCGUGAAGACACUAACUGCAAUCAAUGCGAGUGAACGACAAGGCACUGUACAGUCCAUAGGCACAGCUUCUGCAGUUGAUGUAAUUGAGCUUAAUUAUGUACACUUUCUGGAGGGUUUGCUCUUGGCAUAAGCCAUAGGCGGUUUGCUUUGCAUUAAAUGUGGCUUGUGUUCUUGAAAAUUUGAACCAUAGGGAGUGGUAAGUCUGUAGGCUUAGGAACUGCCCAUGGCAUAUUCUGGAGUCUUUGAUUAGUUGACUGUUCAGUUUGUAUUUUUGGUUUGUUCAUCAGGUAAAUCAAAGAAGUUUAGUUACUGAGAA